GGGGGGAGGGGGAUGUUUGUCCGGAAACCGGGAAAGGGAAUAACACUUGAAAUGUAUAUAAGAAAUACUCAAGUUAAUAAUAAUUUAAAAAGAAUCUUUUCAUUUCCUUAUUAUAAAACAAAGUAGUUGGAAUAGAUUUUUUUUUUUGAGGUUACUUCAGGUCUCAAAUUUAUGUUGGUGGAUAGCCAAUGUCUCUCACACAGGAGUAGAUGGCUACAUGCAGAUACUUGGCAUACUAAGUCCUUUACCCAUAUUCCUUUGUGAAUAUACAGACUCUGAAAUAGGCAGUGUCUAGGGGUGGUUAAAGUGGCAUUUAGCAGAAAUAACUUGAUUAGCAUGAAUAAAAUCACCAUGCCUGGAAAUAUAGUUUAUUAGUAGAGUCCUUGCAACCAUGCAUGGGGCUCUAAGAUCCAACCCUAAUUAGAACACUGAUACUCGUGCACAUGUGCACGUUGUGGGCUCUCUCUCUCUCUCUCUCUCUCUCUCUCUCUCUCUCUCUCUCUCUCUCUCGGUUUUAAUUCUUAGUGCUGAGGAUAUGGCUCAAUGGUAGUAUGCUUGCCUAAUACACAUGAGGCUUUAGAGCUGAUGGGGUUCGGAGAGUAUCAGGGAUCAUGGUCAGGAUCCCAACAGGACAAUAAAACGGAAGGGUAGAGGUGCUUAGUGAUCCUUCACCAUGAACUUUGUAACGUUUGGUUGGAGGUCUUAUCCUUACUGGCUGGGUCUGGUUCAGAUUUCUAAUGUGCUUCUUGUCCUCUAACCUAGCCAUUAAUUUCAGACUCAGUUUGGGCUGAAAAACAGUCCUUCUAACACAGGCAAGUGGGAAACUAUCAUAGUGAUAGUGGAUGGCCGCUUAGGAAAAUGGAAUUGUCAGAUGUGUCUGUCAGUGUCAGACACAUCCUUGGCUUCCUGGGGGUUAGUGUGCAAAAGUGCAGCUUUCUUUAUUUUCCCGAAAUUCACUUAAGAUAAGACAGUAAACUUGGCUUUGGAGCUGUGGUCUACUACUAAAUUCCUUUUUACACCGACUAGCCCCUUUCUGCCUCCCUCCCCCAAAUAAAAGAUUUUGAUAUUAUCCUCAUCUAGGACGACGUCCUUCCCAUUGCCUGUAACCUGGCUAUAAAAUGGAGCAUUCCCACCUCUGUCGAGCUACCUGGGCUGGUUUCAGGGCUUUCUUAGGUCAUUCUCUUCAGAGAUGAAAGGAAACAUUUAACUCAUCAGUCUUAUUGUUGUUUAAAUCAUUCUUCCUGCAGCACAAUAUAGUCGUAUCCUUGAGUGUGAUUCGGCCUUUGAAAUGCUAUUCUUAUGAAAGAGUUCCUAGGCUAGCACUUUGUAAUAAAUGUGAUUAGUAGUGUUUUGCUUAACCUACAUUAUUUCUACAUCAGUACGUAUGUAUAGGAGCCAGUUCCUUUACUGAAUUCUGACCCAGUACACCCAGGCUUUUGGUUAACUCACUUGCAAGUUCCCUAAGAGAGCAAAUAUCUCAAACAGAAUUUCACCACUGUGUGACUCUGGCCAGCGACAGGGGAACACUAUAGCCGGGGAGUCAACUAUAAACCUAAACUAGCAGUUUUGAAAUAUUGUGUUGCAGCCAGUUAAUGGACUUAGCAUUUGGUUUCCACAUUUUAGACUUCCCUGCCUUUGCAUAUUUGAUCUUUGAGAAUAAGUUCCAGACUCCCCACCCCACCAAGUUCCUUACCAUUGUUAUCUAUGGAAGUAAAGCCAGGGGUGAGGCUCCUUCUUAUGCAAUUCUUCCAAAAUAUUUAACUUCUAGGUGAAAUGGGUUCAGUGGGCAAGGAUCAAUCACUGUUAUGAAAACCAAAAUACCCUACCAGAAGACGCCAGGGCGCACCCAUUCUGGUCCGUGGGGGUGCACUCCUGUCAGCGUCAUGCCAACUCUCACUGUGCUUUCCUGUAUAGACUUGCUUUAGCUCUUUUCGGGGACCUACCAGCCUCUUUCUGUCUUGCCCUCUGGCACGUGAUGUGAUGUUUCCCUCAGCCGUUGCCAAACGAUUUAGUCUUUAGGAGACUCUGCUGUAACUUUCUUUGUUUGAUUUACUUUAAAGUAGCCAAAUGCUCCACAAAGAAAGGACUGUUAAGUCACUUAAAAGUGAAGAAGAUAGUGAGUCUUCUGUUCUUCUGUGCCCGUUUUGGAGAGCACUGAUAAUCUUCUCUUCUUUACAGAGUAGGGAGUAGCUUAUGAAGUAGGGAGUAGCAUUUAAAGCUAGAAGCCACGCACAUCUGCUCAGCAAUCACAAUGCAUUCCCUUCCAAAAACAAUCACAAAGUUAGGAAGGAGGGCUGUGGAAGCCUCAAGCCCUCCCAGACAGAAGUACAGCAAGUUUAUUAAGGUAAAACUCACCUUCAAGGUGGACUCAUUGUAAUCUUCUCUUCUUAAUUUAAAACAGUAAAUUUGAAUUUUGCCGUUAAGAACCUUACAAGACCACAUCGUCCUUUCCUUGCACUAGACUGUCUACUAUUCUAACUUUGAACGAAGUUGAAGUCAGAGUAAAACUACCCAGAAGCUUUUAAAAGAUCAACCCAAUAUUUUUUUUUAAAAAAAAAGUAGAUUUCAGGAACGAAGAAUUGGCAUCUAAUACCUUAACAAGAAAUUAUCACUAAAUAAAAAUACCUUUCCAACUGAAUUAGAUUGGCUGUGUGUUACACAGAGGAGCAAGUGAACUAAGUGUUGACCUGGCAACUAAUGUCCUUAGUCACUACAGAUGGGGACAUUUGGUAGAUAAUUCCCAAUUACAGUUUCACACAGCUGUACUAGGCACAAUCCUGCAACUUUCAGUUGAGAGAGAAAAUUUAAAAGCCCUCUUUUUAUAUUUUCCUGACAGAGGAGAUGCCACGGUCAUGGUGGUGAUCUCAGGACGAACGAGGCUCGUUUAUUGUACUGUGAAUGUGCAAACCCUUGUGAUUCCCCAAAGUGCAGGAAACUAUAUAUAAUUUGUGGUAGUGGGGGAUUGUGUUUAUAUGCUCCUGUUACUCUGAGGGAAAAAAUAAUUUAAUUAAAUACUAUUCACUUGAAGUCACUUUACGGAUGAGGAAACAUUUUAUAAAUAAGGCCUAUUUUCUUAUCAAUACAAGGUGACGAUCAAAUAAUUUUAAAAACCUUUAAAAUACGAGGUAUAAUCUCACUGAAAAGUAGUUUUAUUGGGGCAUGACUUUUCUAGAGUCGGAGGAUCGUGGGAAGAUUAUGGUACUAAGGUAGAGGUCUCAUUUCAAAUCCUAUGAUAAUCCUUAUUUCUUCCUUUCCUCUGCUGGGAACUGAAGAUGGCAAAUUAGAGUUUACAUACUGGUCAAAUAGUCACCAGACUGUGGGUUCUCCCAGCUACUUAGCAGAGUGGCGACCCCAGCAAACUGAGAUUGAGGUGGGAAUCCCAGGUUCACCUCUUCUACCCCUGCAAUGUCUCUUUCCAAUGAAUAUCUCAAUGUGAAGCUCUUGUGGCUUAACCGAGCUGCCCAUUCUUGAGUCCUAUUACCUAAAUCACAGUAGCAUUAGUUCGGUUCUAUUGGCAGCUGCUCACUGAUAAACAGUGCCAAUGCUUAUAAGCAUUUCGGGUCAGAUCAAUCUCACUCAGAGAACGCAUAGGCUUAUUUUUGUCAUAAACUGCCCACUGUGGCUCAAGAUGAGUUCAUUAUUUAUUAAAAUUUAGACUGCUGAGGUAAAUACUUUAAACGUUUUGUAAUAGAUGCAAAUAAGCAAUUAUUUUUUAUUAUUCAAAUAUUUUUAGAAUGAAAAUGUAGUUGGAGAAAAUAAAGUGACUUGGAGAAUUAACUGUAUUGGUAUAAUGUUUAUUAAGGAGAGCUAUUCCAUGCUUAAAAGAUUCCUGACAAGAUUCCAUGACUUCAGCUCUUUUGAUAGCUACCAUUUCCAGCCAUUGUUUACAUUAAAUAAUGGGACAGUGGAAGGCGAAACUCCUUUGGAUACAGUAUGUAAGAAAUGAAAAGAAAAAUUACGAAGCCCCAAGUGAAUAAAACCGUUUGAUGUUUAGGCUGCUGGAAAAGAGAAAAAGGAAGAUUUGAACUAAAAGCUAAAAUAUUUAAAAGGAGACUACACUGGAAGGAAACGUGAUAAAGAACCCAAAUGUUCGCUUUAGUAUAGGAGAAAAAUAGAGACAAGUUACAAAAGACAUACUUAAAUUUUACUAACUUUGGCUGGUCAACAGGGUGACUUUCAAAUUUCCUUUUAACCCUUAGCAUCAGAACGUUUGUUAAAACUGUGACUUAGGAGCUGCAGAAUUUUAUUAGCACUUGCAGAUGAGUAAACUCGGUCUGUCUGUAAGCCUCACUUGUCAUUUCAUUACCCAGAAGACCCCGCUUCCAUUCUCACACAGUCAGGCCCUAUGCUACGAACCUCUCCUACAAUGCACACACCAUCUCGCCUGUAUUUCUGCUGACCAAGCCUCUUACCGUCCUAUCAGAUACUAUCACAACUAGCCUUUGAGAGACCUGGGAUUUGAUAUUUUUCCAGUGUAGUUUCACGUGUCCACUUGAUUAUGUGGAGCUGGGAACCUUCUGAUAAUUCCCUAGUAAAUUAAGUGUAAGCCCCUACUCUGGUUAACUUGGUUAACUUGUGGCCUGAAACUGAACAGGCCUGAUGCUCCACAAAAGAGCCUGCUACCCUGCCAGCUACAAAGCCCUCCCUUACCCACUGUGACGACUGCUGCUAGCUCCAUUCUGGCUUGGAUGAUUGAGAUACAGCCAUGGUGACUGAUGCACUGGCAAUAUUUUUCUUGGCCAGGCAAAUACAUAAUUUGUGUUCUUGACAGGAUGAGCACCACUGACUUUUUCCCUGCUGGGUUGUAACACUCAGAGUCUGGUUGCACAAAGCUUAUUUGCAUCUUUCUUAGCGUUGCACGCCUGUGUCCUUGAGACUGUUGCAACAAGGGCUGCCAGUUUUACAUUUCAAAUGUUUAGUAGUCAGACUCAUUUAAUUGCUAAGAAUCUGCUUUUUCUUGAACUUGUUAAAGACAUUUUUUGUACUGAUAUUUUUAUAUCAUUAAAAUACUUUUUAUAUCAUUAAAAUCUGGAUAAGGGCAUUGCCUAUGGCAUGUUAUAUGACUAGCAGAGUACAUUUUCAAACUGAAAAGGUCAUAUGUUGCUUUUCAAGGAAAGCUCCAGAGAGUGUUUAGGGUCUGUGUACCUUGGUGUAUCUGGGUGUGCUCAGUAGUGAGUGUGUACAUAAGUCUGGAGGUCUAUACCAAAUGUUUCCCUUUAUUGUUUACACCACACACACACACACACACACAGAGGAUAUCUCAUUGAACCAAAAUGGCAAGCUAUUUUGGCUAGAGUGGCUAGCCAAUAAAUCUCAGAUUCAUCCUACACCCUUUCCCUCAAGCCAUGCUAGAGUUACAGACUUGCACUGCCACACCUGGCUUUUCACCAGGGAAUCCAAAGUCAGAUCCUCAGGUUUGGGCAGCAAGCAGUCUAUACGCAGAGCCAUCUCCCCAGCCCAGUGAAAGCUCUUAACACAGAAAACCAAGAUGCUAAAAUAGGACUACCUAACCAAAGAGUAUGAAUCCCCCCGGAGAAAUGGAUCAUUUCUUUUUUUUUCAGUAUUGUAAAUGUAUUUGGUUAAAAUGAAUAAAGCCUGAGUCCUUCCCAUGAUUGAUAGGAGUAACUCAGAAAACAGGCUUCGCUCUUCUCAUCCAUGCUUCUCAUAUCUGACCUCAAGACCCAGAACUAUGCCCAGAAAACUCUGAGUCUGCCUCACGGAACACAGGCUACGGGGCAACUUGGGCUCCCAAAGCCCAUCUCUUCCCUUAAGGCCUAUAGACUCUCUGGGGUGCCACAGUACAGUAGUAAAUAUGAGACGUGGUGUGUGGGGAUGUGUAAAUGCACCUUUCCUGUGAGCAGAAAUGGGAAGUUUGCUGUGGGUUAUUUGGAAGCUGGCUCAUCGAUUUGCCAUCAUUUGGUUUAUCAUUCUCUCGAAUGGACGGCAUCCAUCUGGCCAUGAGUCUAAGUCUCAUAAUGGCUGCUGUUUCACACUCCUUGUCUCUGGGGUCAGUCAGCACCGCUCUGUCUGUUGCGUGGUACAAGACUGCUUUGCCGUUAUUGGGCCAUAACCUUUGCACUGGCAUUUUGCCGAUGCCAGUAGCAUAUUCAACUAAUUCAUAUGUAACUAGAUUGACUUCAACUCUACAAAUCUGAGCAGAUACAUACACGGCACAGAGAUCCUUAUGUCAGGCAGGCAGUCUGUGGUUAUGCCAAGCCUUGGUCAAUACUUGGAGAAACCUGAAGUCUCCUAAUUAGAAGAAAUUGCCUAAAUUAAAGAAACAUAAAUUCAUACUACAACUAACAUCCUGACUUUUCCAAACAGGCGUUUUUUUUUUAAAUGUUAUAGCCUCAAUAUAAACUCAUUUCUAAUUAUGGUUUUCAUAAUAAAUAAGGAGAUAAAUGCUUCAUUUAUCUUUCUGGCGAUUCUGGUUACACUCCUUAGCCUGGUAAAUGUUCUAAAUGUCAGUGAGCAAGCCUGCACCUGUGUGACUCUUGUAUCAUGUGUCCUGCAUGACAUGGAGUGCAUCACACAUGUGGUGGGAAUUUUGCAGUUACUUAUGCAAGCUACUCUCAACAACAAAAAGAGUUUAGUUGUUAAAGAGCCACAAGAAACUUCCAUGAAGCCAUGAACUCAAAGCCUGAGAUAAAAUUCAGAAAUAAAACCUAGCUUCAAGCAUAAAUCCCAUGGCGUGGAGCACCCACUAGGUCAUAGACAUAUGCCCUUUCUGGCAGUCCCACUUUAAAGGUAGAAAUCCUUGGUCUUUCACGGGCUCAGUAACUUGCAGUUUCCUAGAGUAGGCUUCAGCAUAGCUGUUUAUUUCCAGAUUAGAGAGAACACUCAGCUGUCUCUAUCACAUGCUAUAGAGGCUACUGACUUCUGUGGUCAGUCUUCUGUGGUCAGUCCUCUUUUGUGUUAUUGAAGUCCACUAGCAGGGCAAGCAUAAAGUGAGCACUCCCUCUUUUCCAUGUAAAAGCUAGGUGUCCAUCUCUGAAAUUGUCUAUCUCCCAACAGACCUGUACAUACAUUGGGGUGAAAGUGUGCAUCCAUCUGGUCUAAAGUAUUGUAGCUAUUACAGGAAAGCAAUAUGCAGAAUAUAUAUAUAUAUAUAUAUAUAUUCUAAUGGGAUAAAAAUUACCUGGGACACUUGUUUUAUCUUUUAGAGUUUACAAAUAUGUCCAGACCUUCAACUUGUGGCAGGUUUUUCUCAAUUUGGAUGUGUAUAGUCCAACAUGAGGCAUGAGAAAAUAGUAAACGGGACAAGAUACAUGCUUCCAGGAGAGAAAGGGAUAAAGCAGUAUUAUCUCAGGGUUUUGGUUUACUUGAUAGGCCCCAGAGUUGACCUUGAAACUUGACAGACUGUUGGACUGUCCCAGCCCAGAAAAAAUGUUAAUUCGGGAGAAGUGAUUCUUAAAGCAGCUUCGAAACCUCCCGAUUCUCCAGUGUCAGGGAGUAUAGGAGUGACACCAGCUGAAAACAAUAUAACUAAUGCUGCAUACAUUAUAGGCUCUAUGGUGCUCUUUAGGAAAGUAGAAGGGUAGUCUCAAAAAUAAGUUAUGGCAGAUUCGCAGAGUCACAGAAAUAGUAGACAUUUUAAGAAAGUGGGAUUUGCAAUAUCUCAAGCAAUUUUGGAGUCUGGAAGUGGGAGUCCAUUCUUAAAAGGAACUGUACCGCUGGGUGUGGCAGUACACACAAGGCUUGAAUUUGUGAGGUAGAGGCAAGAACUUCCUAAGCAACGUUGCAAAAUCCUAUCUUAAAAAACCAGGGUCUUCGGAUGCAGUCCAGUGGUCAAAUGUCUGCCAUGACUCCUAUUUAUGGACUAAGAUGUUUGGCUGACGUUCUCCUUGUUCUGUGUAGUUGUCUCCAGAGAGCUGGAGAUCGUCAACCAAUGGUUUUGUUUUCCACUGGAGAGGAUUCAAGACUUAAUGAUCCAUGCAUCUGAUUCAAUGUUUCUAUUUUUUAAAUAUUAUAAGAUGUAGGAUUUCUAGCUGAGAAACUUUUUUAAAAAAGGUUUUAGUCACCAGCUUUGGAAUCAUAUGAAAAUCUUGUGACUUUGGGGGCAUAGAAGAGUAAUUCAAUACUAAGCCUUGAUUCCUUAAUUCUUUUUCUCAGUUGCUACAAUGAUUUUGGUCAUCUGUUGAUUAAAGAGGUCAGCUGUAUUUCAUUGUUAGGCCAUCGCUCAAAAAUAUGUCAAAAUACCCUUGCAGAUUAAAAGCAAGAAGGCAGCACAUAAAAUAGCGUCAUCAAGUUCCAAGAAUAGUUAGUGGUCUUAUAUCUCUCAAAAGAUGGGAAGAUCUUUAUCUAAAAACUAAGAUUUGGAUUUUUUUUUAAUUAGCCAGAAGUUCGCAUAGGCUUUUACCCUGAUGUUAGAACGAGCGUAUAACUUUCUAUCUUCUUGUGAGAUAUUUGGAUAUGCAAUACCUGAACUACACAUGUACUCAAAAGGGUUCUAUAUUUAAAAGAGUAUCUUGCAUUUUUAUCCACCAAAUCUAGCAGCUCUCUACUGCAGAAGCAUAUAUAUAUAUAGAUAUAUAUGCAUGAUACAUCAUAUAAUAAACUAUACAUAAUUUAGAGAUAGUACAUUGUGUAAAAUGCUGCGACUGUUAGUCCUGAGAGACAUUUGCAGUAAUUUUUUUUUGUCUAUUUAAUCAUGUCACUGCAGCAGUUUGGAAGGGAAUGUGGGUCAUGAGAAGUUUCUGUAAAGGUUCUUAAGGGAAUUACUGCAGUGUUAGGAAGGGCCACUUCUCAGCAUUCAAAUAAUGUGUGUCACGUUUUCUCCCAAAAAAGAUUUCAGAAACUGUAAAAAGAGAUAGUGAAUAGUGAUAGCAGACAGUGAAGGGACUAAGAAGGGAGAAACUCCCAAAGAUUCGGAGAGGUACACAAAGCCUAGUGUCACUGUGGGAAACAACUAUGUACUGCACCCUUCCCGUUCUCCCUUUCUCCAGUUCUCUGUAUGCAAGCACUAAUGUGUUGUCCCUACUUGGCCUUUCAUAUGUCACUUGAGCAAACACUCAUCUUCUGGCUGGUGAAUAGAACUUUGUUCAUCAGAAAUGUCAGCAUUUUGUUGCAAAACUGUGAUGACAAGAUUCAGGCUUGCUCUUCCUCGGAUUCUUACCCACCUCAUAUCCCUACAUCCCUGGGCAUCUAGGGAGAGAAACGACUUGAUCCUCAAGUCCUCACAGAAGAGAGUCUUUCUGAUGUGGUUCCUUGAGUGGUGAAUAUUACCUAACCCUGUGCCCCCAGUCCAGAAUUUGCUCCCAGCAGAACCUGUUGGCAAGCACGACCCACCCUGGAACGGUGCUCUCUGGCUCAGCUACUCUGGCAAAGAGGGCAUGCGUGGCCAUGGGCACAGCCCCUUCUUCCAUUCAGUUAAUUCACCCUGUGCUAUUCCACUUGCCUUUCAAAUAAGACAAACAUGUCGUUAAAGAAACAGGGCUCGGUGUUUUAAAGAAAUGAUGGAAAGACAGCAGGGAGGCAGCACAGCGCCUGAGCUAUUAAGAACAGUGGAAAUUGUGAGUUUCACAAAGGGCUUUUUAAAGAACUACACCAUAUAGUUGCUCCAGAUUUUUUUCUGUCUCAUUUUAAAGUCAGACUUAAAAAAAUAAAAAAUUAGGGACUUUAAAAUUAACCGUCUCACUCAACUAAAGAUACAGCGACGCAAGAAGUCAAUUCAUUUUAUCCGAGAUCUCAUAUUGCUUGUAGUCCUCUCUCGCUAACCUAUGUCACUGCCUCUCCCUUUCUGCCACCAUGAGCGUCUCUGGCGUGAUCUCCAGAGGGAUUUUCAGCCCCUCCGCUUUCCUGAUUCUCGGGAAUUCUUAUAACGUUAUGACUAACAAGAGUAUAAAAUAUGAGUCAAAAGUCAGUCCCCAAAAGUCAUUGUGACUUUAAUGAGUUCGGCAGUUGUUUCAAACUGCAAAAACAGGAAAAUCCUACACAAUAAGGCGCCUGUCUCACAGCUGGGCUCCUACGUAGAUGGCCACCCACAGGAGCAAUGACUGGGACUGCCUUCCUCUCUUUGGCACCUUCCCCCCCCCCCCGCCCUCCUCCCCUACUUCCCCCCUCCGGACCUUAAAUUUUUCUCUCACCGACUUCACCAGGUUAUCAUUGAGAAAAAAGUAUCCUUUCAAGUCAAAAUUUUUCAAUUAAAAUACUUUCAAUGAUUUUAAUAUUUUUUUAAUCAUAUAGAAUCACUGCUAACAAAUCCAGAUUGGUUUAAAAGUAACCCUUUCACGUGCCUGGCGAUAGUCCUUGUGUCCUCUGCAUGCCUUUUUUUUUUUUUUAUUUUUUUUGUCUGAGAAACAUAACGCUACCAAGAUCCUUCCAGUUCACCCUGCUAUGUGAAGUCACUAAGAGCUCAGUGCCUGGAGAUCUUUGGACUUAAGCUCAUCUUUUGAGAAAGAAUAGAAAAUGAGGAUAUGUGCCCAUCACUUUAAAAAGAGUGGCUCAGAAACUGGAGAAAAAAAUUGAACUUAUCUGACAAAAUAUAAUUUCAAAUAUUUGCCAAGUAGCCUCUAUUAAAAGAAGUCUGUGUUGAAUUUUGGUACACAGAAAACAACAUCACACACAGUCUCACUUAUCAUUUGUAAUACUGGGAACAUAAAAAUUAAAUUAAAAACUCACAGAUGAUUUUUUAAAAAAAGAAUAUUUUAGAAAAGUAAUAUUAAGUCAUUUAUAAAAAUAAUAGCUCUUCUCUUUCUAAAACCUAAAUGUAAUUUCUCAGUAGUGUUUGUAGAUCUAGUGUUGGACAGACCCAGCUUUAGGGAGGUGUGGGGAAGUUUGUGUUCUAAGGGUUCAUUCACAAACUUUGUUUGUCUGUGUUGAAAAGGGAAUUUGACCAUUUCCUCUGGGGACAUUAUUUCUAGGUAGACUCUAACAGGGCUUUCUUGUGAGGACAGAUUAUUAAAGAAAAAUAGGAUAUGUGUACAGGAGACACGGGAACUCAUUUAUCUUUGAAAUAGCACCUUCCAAUUUGUGGAUUCUCCACUGCAUUUGAUGAAGUAAAUAAAUUCAUUCCCUUCCAACCUUGCAAGUCCUUGGGCCAUGGUUUCUUUCUGGACCCAUUUUACCUUCAUAUUCAGACAACUAGCUGGGUAAGUCGACAGGAAGACUCCAAGAAUCUCAGGCCAUGAAGGUCUGAAUUACAACUAUUAUGUCUCUCCUUAGCCAGUGGUUUAUUCUCUCAUACAGAAGCAUCUCCAUUUCCCUCUCUGCUUACCUCAGCAGUACAGAAAGAGUUUUAUUUUCCGAGAGGAGCUAGUUGCUAGUAAAUACUGUGCCCAAACUGCCCUAGAAUGUACCACACAAUCUUGAGAGGUUGGGGUACAGAGGUGGGUUGGAAGUCUUAUGUCUCACUUCUGCAUCACAGAAGAGAGGUGCGGUGAUGUCACAAGGCCAGUCAUAAAGACUAAGAAUCAUUGUUGAGGCUUGAUUGCUGUGCCAUGACUACCUGUUGUUUGCCAGAAGCAACUCUCAUGUGAGAUUCAGAUACUGAAAACCCAUCUAUCCUGAGUUCCUCAACUGUCUGUCAGAUGACACCUCAACAUAUCAAUUCCAGUCCUUGGCUUGUCCAGGCACCAGGGCUAGCCCUACCUUUACUAAUCAGACUUUGUCUUGUUAGAAGGCCAUAUCUGCCUUUCUUAGUCCUUCAGAGCCCCCAAACAAGUGGGCCCUUCAUAAGUUUUUUUUUUUUUUGAUGAGAGCAAUGAUUGCCUUAGUCAGUGUGGUGGGGCCCUCCCUUGCUGAGGAAAAACCAGUGGUGGUUGCUAAGCAACAUUUAAAAGGUCUAGAUUGGUUUCUGAUCCUGGAUGACCUCCAUUUGUAUACUUCGCCGUGUGUAUUUUAUGGUUACCUUAGGAUGACUUUGGAAAACUUUGUUUUUGGUAUGCAUUGGCCUGCCCUUAGUAAAAGGAUCAUAAGAGAAUUCAUUUGGGCGCAGAAAGAAGGGAGAUGGUAUUCCUCUGUUUAUUUGCAUGAGAACACUGACUCCUUCUGUAAAGAUACAGAGAAGGUGUGUAGUUUACUUAGCCCCAUGGUUAAAAACCACCAUCCCCUACCACACAGACUGAUGGGCCGUGAAUCCCUCCAGGGUCCUAUGACUCAGAGAAGCUAUAUGGAGGAAGGGGGAGGAAAAAAAGCAUCUUGCCCACCCUAUAUGAUUCAUUUUUGGCUGACUCUCAUUUCCAGAACAGAGCAGCUAACCAAAGCCUCCAAGAGUCCUGCUUACCCUCUUCAGACUGUUAACUGAGGCUUAGUCAAUGAAUCCUAAUAGAUCUGACUCGUCUGCUAGAAUGAAAGUUGAUUAAAAUCCUUUUUGUUUGCUCUUUUGCUUGCUUUUUCCCCAACUGCCUCACCCUGCCAUUUCUGGUGUCCCAUCAGUGUUUGUUGAAAACACGACAGAAUGGUAUGAUUGAAGUAGGACAAUCCUAGUGGACACCAAGAUGUUUGCAAGUAAUUUAGAGAUACCAAAGGAACCCAAUGCCUGGCUAUUAUACUUGGCUAAAUCUUGUACGGGGAUGGGGGGGACAUGAUCUCAGUCUCUAAGCUUUUAUGUAAGAUUUUUACUACACUUUAAAGUUUGUUACUUUGCUAAAGGCCAGCAGACCAAUCAGCACUUACAGAGCUGUCUUUUCCAGCUUCUCAGUCUUCAGUAAGUGCUGGUUUUCUGGCUUGGAGAGGCCAUCGUGACAGGGUUAUAUCUUAGCAUGUCAUUUGGAGUUUAUGAAAUUCACCUGGAGUCCAAAAAUGCACUGAGGUUCAGUAUGUAGUCUACAAAGCAGAACUGACUGACCCAGAGAUGUCGGGUCUUGAAAACACACACACGUACACUAGCAGGGCUACCCUAAAAAGAGAGUGGUUGUGUCUCUGAGGACAGAGUGUCCGUACAGUGAGCCAACAGGCAGAGACUCGGAUUCAGUCUGGCUUCACCUCAAAAGGUAGUUCUCUGGGGAAGCAAUGGUUUGACCUGAGUCAAACCUUCAGAUGCCUGAAGUGAAGCUAUUGUCAGAUGCAGGAUGCUCAUUUGGAAAGGGAAUGCCUCACAGGAAAGAGAGCCAAUUACAAGUUCAGGCUGUUGCCAUGGCGCUUUGCCGAUCCUUCAGCCUGUGAUACAGGAACUCCCAGGAAGGCUAGGAAUAGGAUGUAGGGGAGGUGGGGAGAAAUGGAGGCAGCUUGGGCUAGGCAUCCCACUGCAUCUUCUGUAAUGCUGACAAGAAGGGCUGGCAGGGGAGCCAGGAAAGAAUGGCAUUUUCAGCAUGUCCUGGGUUGCUAAAAUGAAACUAAAAUGAUUUAACUCUGGGACAUCUCUAUCGUGAAUUAUAAGACGUAACAGCAGUAAAAUACCAAAUAAGCAUAACACCAGAUAAAUCGUUGUUCGUGCAGCAAAUGCUAUCUCAGAUUUUCUAACGUACUCGGGACCCUACAUGGAAAGGUUAUGAAUUUAAUCCGUUUUCUGAAUAUGAUGUAAUAAGCAUAUUAAUGAACUUACUGAGUGCAGAAAAUUGCACGCUGCAUAUGAAGUACUUUUUGAGCCAAAUAAAUUAAUUCCAUCCCCAUUCAUUCCACCGGGAGAAGAAGCUAAAUAGAUCAGCACCCAGUAGGUGGGCAAAUAAUGUUCUAGCUUUUGGAAAACUGGUUUAAAAGGAAUUCUUCUAUACUGGAAACCAAGUCAGAAAACAGCUACCGUUCUAACCUUUUCCAAUAAAAAAAAAUGCUCGGCGUCAAUUAAUCAAACGUAGCAUCACUUGGAAGCAAUUAGAGAAGCUGAGCGCUGUGUCAGGCUGCAUCUGCAGAGGGCUGUCUGCAGAGGAAGAGAGGGUUAAAGAACACCUAGCUGGAACGGGGGAGGGUAGGACCUCAGGUUUACUUAAAUAUUCAUGGGGCUUCCUCCAUUUUAAUCUUCUCCUUUUAAAAGAUGGCUGUUUCCCAGUCAGACAGCUCCCGGGGGAAAGAGGUUCCCUCUUCCCUGGCAGAGUUGGACUAAUCUAGGGUGGAAACCCCUCUGGGUAUCAGGACUGCUCAUAACUGAUGGAGAGCUGCAAGCCGGCCAGCUGAAUCCAUUUGGACAGGCUCUGCUCCUUCGUACAAUUCCUGGUUUCACUACUCUCUUCUGCCUGAAAAUAAGCAGGGAGCCCAUAGGCUUCUUGCAAGAAUAGAGUAUGAACGGAGAUGGGCUUGCUGUGGAUUAGCAAAUACCGCCCAUUUGGAAGGCUUUGUCUUUUCUAAGUUUUGGUUCUUUAACCACCGGAGCUGAGAGCUGCGGAGGUUUCCUGAUCCUCUGGAGACCGCUCUUACAGAACUGAAUUCUUUCAAAGGGAUUUGUGGAUUGUGGCAAGAAGAGCUUCCAAAAUGCCUGAGGCAAACUAUUUGUUAUCUCUAUCUUGGGGUUAUAUCAAGUUCAAAAGGAUGCUGAACCGGGAGCUGACACACCUCUCAGAGAUGAGCAGAUCAGGGAACCAAGUGUCUGAAUACAUUUCGAACACGUUCUUAGACAAGCAGAACGAUGUGGAAAUCCCAUCUCCCACCCAGAAGGACAGGGAGAAGAAGAAGAAGCAGCAGCUCAUGACCCAGAUAAGUGGAGUGAAGAAACUGAUGCACAGCUCAAGCCUGAACAACACAAGCAUCUCACGCUUUGGAGUCAACACGGAAAAUGAGGAUCAUCUAGCCAAGGAGCUGGAAGACCUGAACAAAUGGGGCCUUAACAUCUUCAACGUGGCUGGGUACUCCCAUAAUCGGCCCCUCACAUGCAUCAUGUACGCCAUUUUCCAGGAAAGAGACCUUCUAAAGACGUUUAAAAUCUCCUCCGACACCUUCGUAACCUACAUGAUGACUUUAGAAGACCAUUACCAUUCUGAUGUGGCGUAUCACAACAGCCUGCACGCUGCUGACGUGGCCCAGUCAACGCACGUUCUCCUCUCUACGCCAGCACUGGAUGCUGUCUUCACAGACCUGGAAAUCCUGGCUGCCAUUUUUGCAGCUGCCAUCCAUGAUGUUGAUCAUCCUGGAGUCUCCAAUCAGUUUCUCAUCAAUACAAAUUCCGAACUUGCUUUGAUGUAUAAUGACGAAUCUGUGCUGGAAAACCAUCACCUCGCUGUGGGAUUCAAGCUCCUUCAAGAGGAACAUUGCGACAUCUUUCAGAAUCUUACCAAGAAGCAACGCCAGACACUCAGGAAAAUGGUGAUUGACAUGGUGUUAGCAACUGAUAUGUCCAAGCACAUGAGCCUCCUGGCUGACCUUAAAACGAUGGUAGAAACCAAAAAGGUGACGAGCUCCGGUGUUCUCCUCCUGGACAACUAUACUGACCGGAUACAGGUUCUUCGCAACAUGGUACAUUGUGCAGACCUGAGCAACCCUACCAAGUCCUUGGAGUUGUAUCGGCAAUGGACUGAUCGCAUCAUGGAGGAGUUUUUCCAACAGGGAGACAAAGAACGGGAGAGGGGAAUGGAGAUUAGCCCAAUGUGUGAUAAACACACAGCUUCUGUGGAAAAGUCCCAGGUUGGUUUCAUUGACUACAUUGUCCAUCCAUUGUGGGAGACCUGGGCAGACCUGGUUCAGCCUGAUGCUCAAGACAUUUUGGACACACUAGAAGAUAACAGGAACUGGUACCAGAGUAUGAUUCCCCAGAGCCCCUCUCCACCACUGGACGAGAGGAGCAGGGACUGCCAAGGCCUUAUGGAGAAGUUUCAGUUCGAACUGACCCUUGAAGAAGAGGAUUCUGAAGGACCGGAAAAGGAGGGAGAAGGCCCCAACUAUUUCAGCAGCACAAAGACACUUUGUGUGAUCGAUCCAGAGAACAGGGAUUCUCUGGAAGAGACUGACAUAGACAUUGCCACAGAAGACAAGUCUCUGAUCGACACAUAAUCUCCCUCUGUGUGGAGGUGAACAUUCUAUCCUUGACGAGCAUGCCAGCUGAGUGGUAGGGCCCACCUACCAGAGCCAAGGCCUGCACAAAACAAAGGCCACCUGGCCUUUGCAGUUACUUGAGUUUGGAGCCAGAAUGCAAGGCCGUGAAGCAAAUAGCAGUUCCGUGCUGCCUUGCCUUGCCGGCGAGCUUGGCGGAGACCCGCAGCUGUAGUAGAAGCCAGUUCCCAGCACAGCUAAAUGGCUUGAAAACAGAGGACAGAAAGCUGAGAGAUUGCUCUGCAAUAGGUGUUGAGGGGCUGUCCCGACAGGUGACUGAACUCACUAACAACUUCAUCUAUAAAUCUCACCCAUCCUGUUGUCUGCCAACCUGUGUGCCUUUUUUGUAAAAUGUUUUCGUGUCUUUGAAAUGCCUGUUGAAUAUCUAGAGUUUAGUACCUCCUUCUACAAACUUUUUUGAGUCUUUCUGGGAAAAAAAAAAACAAAAAGAAAAUGAAAGAGAGCAGUUUCCCUUCUUUCUUGGGCAAUAUCUUUGGCUUUCCUCCAGUUAACUUUUGCAAACCAACGGGGACAGAUGCAGUUCUAACCACAGGCUACUUCCUUCUCUUUGUCCAAUCUGACUCUGUAGUGGCCCCUGCAACUUAACUGUUUGCCUGCUUUGAGUACUGUUUUCCCCCUGAGAAUUCUCUCUGCUUUGCUUUAAACUCAUGCUCAACAAACCAGGAGGUCUGUGGAAGAAGCCGUGAUGUUUGCCAUCAGUCUAUGGAGUGGUCAGUCAUACAAGGCCAUGUGUGUGGCUGCCCCACUGUGAGCUGCACACCACCUGCCAUCCCUCCUCUCUCACCCCCUCCUUCGCCCAAGUAUACUAUUGUCAAUUUAAUGCUGCCGUCUUUGUCUCGUACUACCCCCUGCACUAACACUUCCCUCUUCCUGUUUAUAACCAUGUAUUUAUUACAUAAUGUACAUAUUGUAAUGUUUUGUAAGUUAUUAAUUUAUAUAUCUAACAUUGCCUGCCAAUGGUGGUGUUAAAUUUGUGUAGAAAACUCUGCCUAAGAGUUGCAACCUUUUCUUGUAAUGUUUUGUAUUGUGUAUUAUAUAUCCCAAACAACGCUUAAGGGAGACAUGAAGCCCCAUUAGAAGUUAAGGACAGGAAUGGCCGUUGUUCCAAAGGUCUGCCCUUUCUUUGUCUGAGUCCCUAAUUCUGCCGAACCCUUUGAUGAGCUGGUUUUGCAAACAGGAUUAUCAUAUUAGAUACUAAAUGGUUUAUACUGAGGUUUUAUUUUGUAUAGUUUGGUAGGGGCUAGGAGCACUGGGAUGUCAGGUUUUUUGUUUUGUUUUUGUUUUUUGUUUUGAUUUUUUUUUAACCCAUGUUCCAUCCAAGUCUCUGGAUGCAUGAAUUGGGUUGUCACUGGGCUCUGCUCUAAUUGUGGCUUUGGUUCUAAUAAAACAACACUACAUUUGCUCACAGAUGAUACUGAGUAGCCCCAGACUACUGAUUUGGCAGAGCUAGUCUCCAUGCUGCCCACAAGCAGGGGAGCCCUGUUCAAAUUCAUCAAAGGCAACAAGAAGACAAUGUGAAUUUUUAUCGUAGAAUGUGAACUGAUGUCAUAAAUUAUGCAAAUGUGAAGCUUCUGAUAACACUUGUUAGGCCUCUUCCUGGUGUCAGUUUCAGUUUGUAAAAUAUGUGUCAUGCUUCAGUUCAGCAUUGUGACAACUAGUUAAAGAAAAUGGCACAAAAUGUGCAUGACCAAUGGGUUCCUACGUCUGUAACACUGCGUUGUUCCAGGUGGACGUUAUAUUGUUUUCAAAAGUUUCUCACAAUGUAUGUUAUAAUAUUAUUACUAUUAUAUAUUGUGCUCAAAUGCAUUCUUAAGAGACUUUUAUAUGAGCUGAAUAAACAAAAGCAUGAAUAAA